AUGUCGCUGAAGCUCGAGACCAGCGAUGGUGAAAUCUUCACCGUGCCCAAGCAGGUCAUCGGACAAUCCGGACUCGUCUCCACGCUGCUGGCGGACGCCGACGUUGGUGAGGACGGCGUCAUUCCGCUCCCCAACGUUGCCGCGCCGAUCAUGCGAAAGGUGUUGAUUUGGUGCUCGAAGCACAAAGACGACCCGAAGAAGGAGGAGACUGAAGAAGACAACAAGCCCAAGGAAAAGGGCCCGGUCGCCAUCCCGGCUUGGGACACCGAAUUUUUCAAGGUCGACAACGGCGUUCUCUUCGAAAUUGUCCUGGCCGCAAACUAUUUGCAAAUUCCGCGUCUGGUGCAUCUGGGAUGUGGCAUCAUUUCGAACAAGCUGCGCGGCAAAACUUCCGAGGAAAUCAAACGGGAGUUUACUAUCGUC